AUGGCAGCCGCGGCUGGUUUUGACCCACCUAUUGAAGUGGUUCCCAACAAGAACCCAAUCAGGCACAACAAAAGGGCCGCUGACCUGGUUCAUCCUGACCUUGCUGGUUUUUCGGUGAAAAACAAGAAUCUUUUAGCUGAGCUAAGAAAUCUUCAAAACAAACUUCUCGUCAAAGAAACUUCAUUGCAAGAGAUGAAAUCUGAGCUAGAAAGUUACAAGGAAAAUAACGUGCAACAGCUGUUCCAGAUCCUGUCCCUGAGGAAGGACAUUCAGGACCUCGAGGAACUUAUUGCUUCGCUAACCAGAAUUAAGUCUUUGAAAAACACCAAUAUUCAGAAUCUUGAAAGAGGCAACUGGGAUUUAACUGAACGAAUUAUAGAACUAGAAAAUCGUUUAAGGGUGCAUCUGGUUGAAAGAGAAAAGGCAGAGUAUAAAGCUGAUAUGUUGGAAAAACAGUUAAUAAUUGCCAACGGAUGCACUCCUUAUGUGAAUAUGAAAGAGCAGGAAGAUUCUAUGGAUAUUUUCUUGAUGAAGGAUAAGGAAGAAGCUAUGCUGACCAAGAACCUUGAGAGAGGCAUUUUUCACUUCGAAGGACCACAGGAUGCACAGAAUAUCUGGGACAAAUGUCUCCAAGAUUUGAUCCACAAGGAAAAACAAAUGUCUGAGUUAGACAUACCUCAAUGUGCAUUCGACGGGGAAACGCAAACUACGCAGUCUCAGUAUCAGAAUUUCCUUGAUCAAUUAGCUAUUCUUCUGAGCAACAGUGUUGUCCCAAUACCAGCCACAGAGGAAGCUGUGAAACAGAGGAUUCAGGAAAUUGGUGCAAAUGAACAGUCUUGGAAGUUUAAAAGUGAAGGCCUUCAACAGGAAAUUCAAGUGCUCAAUCAACGACUAGAGCAGCUGCAUUAUCUCUAUGUGGAAGCUUUUCAAGAAUCAUCCCAAGCUGAAGAAGAAAAAAUAGCCUUGAAAUGCUUUGAAGGAACAACUGCUAUCAAUGAUUUUUUUCAAGACAGAGUAGACUUGGACGUGGAGAAAGACAACUCUAGGACAAUGAAUUCCCAGAUAGAAGAGCAUAUGCAGAAGUUCCAACAGCUAGAGAAAGACGAGAAGCAAAUAUUCCUGAGUAUUCGGCAGAAUGUGCAGAUGGCUACAACUCAAAGAUUGGAGGAGAAAGUCCAAAAACUUCAGAAACUGCUCACCGAUUUGAAAUUAUCCAAUAAAAACAUGAAAACUCAACUGACAAGAGUGAAUGUCCUGAAAAACAAAACGAUGGAAAAGCUCAGACGAUCUUUAACAGAAGUUGCAACAAUGAAAGAGAAGGCAGUUAUGAAAGCAGGCCCCUUGAAAACACUGCGAAACUCCGGAGAACAGGAGGCAAGACCAGGGGAAGAGAAGGCCCAGCAGGUGUCAGACGCUGCCCCUUGUGACCUCCACCCAACAGAAGAUGCACCAGGUCAAGAACAAGAGCUUGCUAACUUUCGAGAAACCAUCAUGAAGAUGUUGGGGUUUAACAUGAAAACAGCAGACAAAGAAGUCAUCAACCAGCUAAAGCUUAUUAUACAAUCGUACGAAGCAUCUACCAAAAACAAGUGGGCUGCUAACUGCGAGGUCGGCAAUUCGAAACCACCAGACACACGCUCUUUGGAAAACCCACCAGGCUUUCCACUCCGGUAA